AUGCCCCGAAUCGCAACCGUCUUCGGUGCUACUGGCACGCAAGGCAAGUUCGACGAUGAAUGCUCUGCCGUCGUCGAUGCCUUGCUCAAAGAUGGGACAUUCGUGCCGCGAGCCGUCACGCGUGACCCCAAUUCCGAGGCGUCUCGCGCUCUUGCUGCAAGGGGCGCCCAGGUAGUCGCGGCGGACCUUGGUGACAAAGAGUCGGUCAAGAAGGCUCUCUCCGGCGCUGAAGUCGCAUUCGGAGUCACUGUGCCCUUCACACCACUGUCCGAGAUUGUACAAGGCAAGAACAUGAUCGACGCCGCCAAGGAGGAGGACGUUAAGUACUUCGUGUUCAGCUCUCUUGACAGCAUGGCAGAGAUCUCCAAGGGAAAGUACACUAGAGCUACCCACUUCGAAGAAAAGGUGGUCAUUGCCAAGUACCUGGAGGAGUCAGGACUGCCAAACUCGCGUGUCAUUGUAGGCGUCUACCUGGACAACUUCCUGAAGCUAUGGGCCAUCAACAAGACACCCAAGGGGCUCGUAUACAAGAACCCCUUCGCUCUCGAGAGCGUGUUUGGGUACAGCUGGGUCGGACGUGACCUCGGCCGGGUUGUCACUGGGCUCUUCAAGAUCUACCCCGAAAAGCUCUCCGAGAUCAACAACGUAAGCUUCGAUGUCGACUACGCGAGGGCGAGCUUGCGGGAGAUACUCGACCAGAUCAGCAAAGGUGAACUUCAGAUGAGUGCGAUGCUUGAAGCGCAGCUGACGGCCUCUUGCGUAGAGCUUGGCCAGCCCAUCAUCGUCGAGCCCGUGCCGCUGAAUGAGUUCGCGCCGUUGGAAGACAUGCGCGGCUUCACUACGGAGUUCGACCUGAUUGGCGGUCGCCCAAUUCCUGAUCCCAAGCUCGAAGCGCUUGGUAUCAAGCAGGAUGGGACUAUUCACGACUUCGUGCAGCAAGCCCUCAAGCCUCACCUGGACAAGCAGAUCUGGUCCGCGGGCGUAAUCCGUGCCUUCUUCUGGCCAACGACUCGUUCUGCGGUCGUCGAAUCCCUUCUCAAAGAUGGGACCUUCGUUCCUCGGGCAGUCACGCGUGAUCCCAACUCUGCAGCAUCUCGUGCACUCGCCGCUCGAGGUGCCCAGGUCAUCGCGGCCGACUUAGGCGACAAGGAUUCGGUUAAGAAGGCCAUGGAGGGCGCAGAAGUCGCUUUCGGUGUGACAGUGCCGUUCACGCCACUUACUGAGCUCGAGCAAGGAAAGAACUUGGUAGACGCCGCCAAAGAGACAGGCCUCAAAUUCUUCGUGUUCAGCUCUCUCAGCAGUAUAGCCGAGGUCACGAAGGGCAAGUUCACGAAGGCGUCCCACUCCGAAGAUAAGGUCGCCGUUGUCAAGUAUCUGAAGGCGUCCGGUGUCCCCAAUGCGCGUGUCAUAGUGGGUCUGUUUUUGGAAAACUUCGUGAAGAUGACGCCGCUCACGAAGACACCAGAGGGCUACGCUGUCCAAUUGCGCUUCCAUCCAAAGAGCGUGUUCGGAUACUCAUGGGUCGGGCACGACCUAGGACCAGUUGUUACCGAGCUUUUCAAGCUGUACACCACAAGGCUCUCGGAAAUCAACGAUGUAGACUUCGACAUCGACCACGCGAAGGCGAGCGUUGGCGACAUUAUCGAUGAAAUCAGCAAGGAGCUAGGAAAACCCAUCAAAGUCGAGCGCGCUCCGCCGACUGGAAUCCCGGACCUUGACGAAGCUUAUGAUUUCGGAGUCGAGUACGAUCUACUCGGCGGUCGUCCGGUUCCCGAUCCCAAGUUGGAGGCUUUCGGCAUCAAGCAGGACGGAACCAUCCAGGAGUUCGUACGCCAAGUGCUCAAGCCGCACCUGGAUAAGCAGUAGGCAUCGAGCAAUAUAUUUGAUCAACCUUCGUACGAAUGUGUUCACGAUCUAUAUGUACCGAAUGUCAAUGUACGAGUAGAGCGAAGUGAUGCUAUCAUGCUGUCGACGCGUGCCCUUCUUAGCUGCAGGCAUCGCAGACCAGGGGGUU